UCAAAUGCGUGGGUUUAUAUAUGGGGCGUCCAGCGCACUUGAUCCAUCACGUUUGUUUUUUAAAAAGACAGUAAUGGUGGGUUUGUAAGCGGAUUCAUUUCUUAAGUUAUUUUUUAAACGUGAAAGAGGCGUUUUUCGACCAGUUCUGUCAUCGUGUGUUGUUAGGCAGGUUGUUAUUUUAGAGUAAACAUGUCGCUCAGGGGUUGAGUCUGUCCAGCUCUCUGGGUUUAUUCCGGAUUGGUGACGCCUACAAUAAACGGAGACAAACAUGGCGCAUAUGUACAUGAUGCCCAACCCUGAGCUGCCCAGUUACCCACCUGGGCUUGAGUACCUGACACAGGUUGACCAGCUGCUGAUUAAACAGAAGGUGGAGCUCAUAGAAGCUCUGGUCGGCUUCGAGAGCAAUAACAAGUAUGAAAUAAAGAACUCGAUGGGCCAGAACGUGUUCUACGCAGUGGAGGAGAACGACUGUCUAACGCGGCAGUGCUGCGGCCCUCUGCGCUCCUUCACCAUUCGCGUCCUGGAUAACUUUGGCCAGGAAGUGAUCACGGUCAGCCGGCCCCUCAAGUGCAUGUCCUGCUUCUUCCCGUGCUGUCUGCAAGAGCUGGAGGUUCAGUCUCCACCAGGGAACAUUGUGGGUUAUGUGGUCCAAGAGUGGCAUCCUUUCCUUCCCAAGUUCACCAUCCAGAAUGAGCGCAAGGAGCCUGUGCUGAAGCUGCAGGGACCCUUCUGUGGCUGGAGCUGCCUUCCAGACGUCGACUUUGAGAUUUUGACCAUGGAUGAAGUGGGCAUCGGGAGAAUCAGUAAACAGUGGUCAGGGCUUCUCCGAGAGGUCUUUACAGACACUGAUAACUUUGGGAUCCAGUUCCCCAUGGACCUCGACGUCCGAAUGAAAGCAGUGAUGAUCGGACUCUGCUUCCUCGUUGACUUCAUGUUUUUCGAGACGAACAACUAACUGCUGAGCGACGAGAGUAACAGAAAGAAGCAGAAAGAAGGAGAGUAAGGGUCUGUUCCAGAAAGAGCACUGGGAUGAAUUCAUCAAAUCCUGUGCCAGCAGGUUUAUUGAUUCCAAAUAAAUAGAUGAUCAGUUAACCCAGUCUUGCAUAUGCUCAGGCAGGAUCAUGAAAAAGUGCAAAAAAAAAAAAAAGUAAAACAAAAGGUCUUUUUUGCACCAAAAGAAAGACAGAAGGCAUAGCAAACAAAACGAACAAACACUAUGUACAGAAGGUUCUGUAGCUUUAUUGCAUUAGUUAUUUAUGCUAAUUAACAAUUAAUCCAAAAUAAAUUGUUACCCUUGUUAAUAUGAAAUGUGCUUGGCAGCAAAUUUAAUAUCAAAACAUGUAGAUAGGCUUCACUUUUCUGAUUAAUUUUUAGGUCCAAAAAUGUAUUAGUGUAAAGAAAUUAGUGACCGUGCACCAACUGGACGCAUGAAAGUUUUACUGGAGGUGUGAGGUUUAAGAUGGUCAUCUAAUAGUUCUUUGUGUGAGAAGAAGCUGUGUCGAUAAGACAUUCAGUGAAAAGUCACAACAUUUACAACAUUGAUUAGACGUGAAUCAGAUAUGAGCAGUGCUCCAUAAACACUGCAGCCAUGUUUAAACUCCAUUUAACCUGAUAUUUUCUAGUUUACUUUCACAGAGCUGGAAGAACCAAACUGAAUUCUGUCUAAUCCUUGUAUCUGGAAGAGAAAAAUCUGGAUUUUUGUUUAAUCACACUUUCUGGAAUGGAGCCCCACUGUUUUCUCAUUAAAUCCAUAUAGCCUUUAUAUAGAGAAUUCAUAGAAACGUAGUAGAAUGGAUUCAUAUUUAGCCAUUAUAUUAUAACCCCAUUAUAUUAUAUGUACUUGAUUUAUUUAUCUAUUUUUUUUUUUCUGAAUGUCCUGACCCACUUCUCAUCCAGAGCAGAUGGAGGUUAAGGGUCUUAGCCAUGGAGGAAGUGUGUUGUUGGAUUUGGAUAAUACCCCUCCUAGUUUAUGUGCAAUGAUCCUUUGAGCUAACACCCUGCCUGCCUCAGACUGAAGUACCUGUAGAUGUUUGAAACCUGUAAGUGUGCAUUGUAAAGUGUAGUGACUUUGGUUUGUAUUCCUGCUUAACAGAAAAUCUACAAAUACAACACUGUAAAAUCGAAUCUUUAUGACCGAUGACGCUGCAACAUAACUCGUACAGGUUUGCUCUAAUGCUGAUACGACUGACCAAACUACAUGACUACUUUAUUCUUUAUUAUACCACAGUGCUUCUGAAUUCAUGUGUUGAAUAAUUUUCUAUAACAGCACCUCUGAUAGUAGUGCCAGUAGCGCCAAGGCUCAUUCGAACAAAUUAAUAGUAUUUAAUUUAAUAGUAUUGGCUAAAUAACAUAGACAUUCUGUUAUUUAACAAAGGAACAAUGUAUAAUUGUUGAUAUUGUGAAGUUUUCUGUAAGGAAGUGUUUAUGUAACAUUUAUGGAAGGAGUCUCCAGUGUCAACGCUUUGUAACAGUUAGCAAAUUGAGAAAAAGAGAAAAAAAGAGAGGCUUUUGAGAGAGCUACUGUAAAGAAAGUGAAAAUGUUCCACAGCAUUAAAUGCAAAAUGUAAAAAGUAUGGCAUGUCAUUCUUUAAUACAAAUUAUAAUCAGUGGCAAAUUGCUGUGCUAUAAGAGGAAUAAAACACCUCUGUGCUGUUAUUGGAAAAUAAUCCACUUCAGGCUAGUAACAGGAACUCUACUUGACUGUUGAGACCGAAACAUAUUUGUAACAUUUACAUACACAUACAUUUUGUAUUUUUUUUUUUAAAUUUUUUUUUUUUUUUUUUUUAUUAUUAUUAUUUUAAAUGUAUUCCUGCUUUGGAUAUCAUACAUCACUGGAAAGCCAUUUAUUCAUCCAUGUACAAAAGGAUUUUAAAUCUGCUACUGUAUUGAUGUUUAAUUUAUUCAUUUAGUGUCAGUGUGGGUUAGUAUUUGACCAUAUUUGUUUUAACAUUUAACAUCAUGCUCUUUUUCCAAAACACGAUUUCUUUUUUUUUUUUUUUUUUUUUAUAGUAGUACCGAUCGUUUGCAGUAGAGGGCAACAGCAGCCUGUUUAACCUGUGCACCUACUACCUUUACACUUUAUCUUUUUUUCUUCUUUUCAAUGCAAAAUGUACACCAAUAUUUUUUUUUUUACUCAGGUACACAUGCAUGCAACUUAUGCUUGCACUUUAAAAACCUCCGUUUGUCUGUGAAGCUGUAGUUCAGUUGAUGCCUGUUGUGCUUGUUGAUGCAGAAUGUAGUCUACGCACUGCCUUGUUCUACAGGUUUUUAUUAAAAAAUAAUUUAUUUUCAACUUU